CCUCCCCUCGUUAUCUUCCAAACCCACAUUUCUCCUCCCCUCUCUCUUCCGCCAUUUUCUCUCUCUCUCACAGUAGAGAGAGAAAGCCACCAUCUUUCGCAGCAUCUCCCUCAGUUGUCUCUCUCUCUCUCUCGCUAGCCCAUCACAGAGAGAGAACAGAAGCAUCUUAUCUUUUUGAGCGGAAAGAAAAAAAAAACAAAAUCAACCCUCAUUGUAGUAUUCUAGAGAGAGAAAGCAGCCAUUGUCACUCUGCAACCCUGCAACAGAGAGAGAGAGAGAAAGAGAGAGAGGGAGGGAGAGUACCCAUUUCAUCUCGCAUUCUAGAGAGAGAAAAUGGAAUCCGUCUCGCCGAAGUUUGUGUUGCCGGAGACAUUCGACGGCGUGAAAUCGGAGAUCACGGGACAGCUUGGGAUGAUCUGGGAGCUCGUAAAGGCUCCGGUUAUAGUCCCUCUGCUUCGUUUAGCGGUUUAUCUGUGUUUGGCAAUGUCUCUCAUGCUCUUCUUCGAGAGGCUUUACAUGGGUGUCGUCAUCAUCCUCGUCAAGCUCUUUUGGAAAAAGCCCGAGAAACGCUACAAGUUCGAGCCAAUUCAGGAAGACGAAGAGCUCGGGAACUCGAAUUUUCCGGUGGUUCUUGUCCAAAUCCCCAUGUUCAACGAGCGAGAGGUAUACAAGCUGUCGAUAGGAGCGGCUUGUGGGCUAUCGUGGCCGUCGGAUCGUCUUGUGAUUCAGGUUUUGGAUGAUUCAACGGAUCCCACGGUUAAGCAAAUGGUGGAAAUGGAGUGCCAGAGAUGGGCGAGCAAAGGGCUAAACAUAAGGUAUCAGAUAAGAGAGAACAGAGUUGGGUACAAAGCCGGCGCGCUGAAGGAAGGCCUGAAACGGAGUUACGUCAAACACUCCGAAUACGUCGUCAUCUUCGACGCAGAUUUCCAGCCCGAACCCGAUUUUCUCCGUCGCAGCAUCCCUUUCCUCGUCCACAACCCCGACAUUGCCCUCGUCCAAGCCCGUUGGCGUUUCGUGAAUGCGGAUGAAUGCUUAUUGACGAGGAUGCAAGAGAUGUCACUUGACUACCAUUUCACCGUGGAGCAAGAGGUCGGAUCUUCAACUCAUGCCUUCUUCGGCUUCAACGGGACGGCGGGAAUAUGGAGAAUUGCGGCGAUAAACGACGCCGGAGGGUGGAAGGACAGAACCACGGUGGAAGACAUGGAUCUCGCUGUCCGUGCCAGUCUCCGCGGCUGGAAAUUUCUCUACCUUGGGGAUCUUCAGGUGAGAAGCGAGCUCCCAAGUACAUUCAGAGCCUUCCGUUUCCAGCAACACAGGUGGUCAUGUGGGCCUGCCAAUCUCUUCAGGAAAAUGGUCAUGGAGAUCAUCUCUAACAAGAGAGUGAAGUUCUGGAAGAAGGUGUACGUGAUCUACAGCUUUUUCUUCGUCCGGAAGAUCAUAGCCCAUUGGGUAACGUUCUGCUUCUACUGCGUCGUUCUUCCUCUCACCAUUCUCGUCCCCGAAGUCCAAGUCCCCAUCUGGGGCUCUGUCUACAUUCCUUCCAUCAUCACCAUCCUCAACUCCGUCGGCACCCCCAGGUCGAUUCAUCUGCUGUUCUACUGGAUUCUAUUCGAGAAUGUGAUGUCGCUGCACCGAACAAAAGCGUCUCUCAUCGGGCUGCUCGAGGCAGGGAGGGCUAACGAAUGGGUCGUGACGGCUAAGCUUGGCAGUGGCGUGGGUUCCAAGGCAGCUAAUGCCAAAGGAGCUAAGAAGCUUAUCCGAUUCUUCAAGUUACCCGACAGAUUGAACACACUGGAGCUGGGGUUCGCUGCGUUCUUGUUCACAUGCGGAUGCUAUGAUUUCGUCCAUGGGAAGAACAGCUACUACGUGUACCUGUUUCUUCAGACAGCAUCGUACUUCAUCACGGGAUUUGGAUGGAUCGGCACUUACGUCCCCAACUCUUAGUAUGGGUUUCGGAUUGAGAAGGCGGUUUCCGAGGACGACAACGGUUAUUCAAAAUAUAGAUAAAGUAUAUGAAGGGGAUUUUCAUGGAAAACCAAGAGGGAAAACAACGGAGAAAGAUUCAAGAUUGACAGGAAACAGACGAGGAGAAAGAGGAAGAAGAGGGGCUUGUUGGGUUUUUUAUUCACUUGUUUUUCUUUUUUGAAACUUUUGGCUUGUGAUCGUGAGGGUUUUCAAAAACUUUGUAAUGCUUUUGGGGUUUGAAAUUUGUUUAGCUUUGGGUUUCGGUUUAGGGUUUGUGGAUUUAGGGUUUAGGCAAUAAAUGUUCGAUUGAUGCAAAGGUGGUCGAACACGAAGUUGUAACCCUAUAGUCCAUACAUAGUUCGAUUUACAUCUAUAUUUUGAGUA